GUUUGUGCACCCCUUACACUUGUUCGCGCACCCCGGGAUAUAAGUUUCCAUCCUUUACUCCGUGUAGCUCUCACAUUCCCUUCAAUGCCCAUUUUGUAAUUAACAUUCCUCGGGCUCGGAUGUAUUUCUGAGAAGCAAAUUAUUCGCCUGCUAAACACAAUUUGCCAGGCACGCAUCCAGGAUUUAUCACCCAAGCGCAUCUUAGUCAAAGUCCUGAUUCCCACGACAUCCGUCUCCGAAUAAGUCUGGACAGCAUUUACACCAAGCACAAAGCCAAUGCCUGUCGUUAUUGACGCCUCCGAUCCUAUCGCUCCUUGGGCAAACCUCGACGCCAAAGUAGCGUUCCACAACCAACAUCUCGCACUCCUCCCUUCCUCCCACUCUGCCGCAAGCUGUGUCCUGGUAGCCCUCGAGGCCGCCUUCUCGAAAGCGAGAUCGGCGGAGCUUCAUGAUACAUCGCCACGGCGUUGCGGGCCGGCCCGCUGCCGCCUUCCUCCACUCCUGGUCCUGGCGGGGCUGCUUGUCUUCGUCGCCGGCAUCUUAACACCAGUGGCCGCCAUCUCCACGCGCUUCACGGCCAUGAGUGUUCUUCCCAACUGUUCUGGGCUGCUCGCAGCGGCCGGAAGUCUUGCCGUUCCUAUUUUGUCCAUCGGGACUACCAACCCAGACGAAAGCGUGGCUGGGAGCUUCCUCAUCGGAGCCUAUGCCAUUUGCGGGCUGGGCUACUCCAUCCUCCUCUUCCUGGCGCUCAGGGAGAGGGCGGAUGCGCACGCCCGACGCUUCUUCGCCCUCGUCACCAUUGUCGCGAGCUUCGUAGCCCUAAAGGCGAUGGGCUCCUACGGCGGGCUAUCCGGGAUCGACGGCCUCAAGAUCUUGGGCCCCCUUAGUCUCGGUCUUGGACUCCUAUUUGCGUCGGUGUGGACGGCCAUAUUCGGGACUGGCGCCGCCGCCAUCAUACACCUCGCCAGCCCGACUGUGUAGGGGUAGGCUGCAUGACCAGAACGUGGAGUUCACAGAUACUUUCCAAGCGUUGCUGCGAGCAGGACAGGAUAGUACAAUAGCAUGGGUUCUGUAUUUCAAUUGCGUGUGUGUCGGAUGGUCAAGAUCGGAAGUGGACUUUUGUGUAAGCGCAUUUAAAGAUAAAUGCGGGGUGCUGGGUCACCCCACUGACGUAACAUGUGGGGCGACUGGUAGCGAGAAAUACUUUUGGUCGAUGGCUUUUCAGGGGCAGAAGGUUACAUGCAAUGGAAGCCGGUGCGAGCUAGAAUCCACGACAUGGAAAGAUAUUGCCACGGUGCACCAGUGCUCGAACUUUCAGCCGCGACAGUUUCUGUGUCCAGCAGACAAUGGCUUGCAUCCUCUGUCUUGCGUGCCUGUCAUCUAACCCAAAUCCCCGCUCGCUCGCUCCACCACGUCAUGGGUGCAACUAUGAGCGCUGCAUAUGGUAGACAGAAGGAAGAAUAACUUUGAUGCGACUGCGCCCAUUAAAACUAGAUACGGCAGAGAGUUGCAGGAUUCGGGGGUCACUGGGAGAUAAAUACUCGCGGGCCCAGCCCGCUCCCUUCAACCAACCCUCCAGCUCCAACAAACUAGUCCCCUCUAAACCAUGGAAGUGGUUACGGGUUGACAGUUCCACCCUUAUCCAGCGCGCAUGGGUAGGAGGUACAGCCCCCCAGCUCCGACAAUCCAAGCUACCAUCCGGUAAAGUCGUAACAAUGCACCUCUUGCGCCCAUGAUGAGUAUAGCGGCGAUGCUUUCCCGUCCACAGCCCGAGCUCUCUGUCGGAGCGCUGGGGACAAGGCUCAAAAUCGUGGAAAAUCUCUGAGGCACGACAUUAUUUCUCUGGGUGGAUGUGGGAUCUAAAGGGGGACUGUAGGUGAAAGUCACCACUAUGUAAAAGUCGUAACAUCAUCUUGCGCCGGUGAUGAGCAUUGCGACACAUGCUGAACUGUCCGGCUUGGGCGCCCUUUCGGGCUGCGGACACUGGCUAAAAUGUUAGAAAG